AUGAAUAUUGUUCAAUUAUUAUUAAUUUUUGUGAUAUUUUCAACAAAUUUAAUUUCUAUUUGUGGAUUUUGUGUACCACAAGAGCGUAAUCAUGUCUUGCUGCAUGAUGGAGAUCAAUUGAAUGAUGAAAUUUACAAUUUUUCAAUACAGACAAGAAAAAGUGACAAUUGUGAUCAACUUUUGUGGAUAAAAUUCUUUAUUGAAUGGAAGUGGAAGAACAAUGAAGAAAAUUUUGAUCUUUUGUCACAAGAAAUGAAAGUAUUUCAGGCAGCUUUCAGUUCUUAUUUCAAUUCUUUAUUCCAAAAAUUCAAAAAUAAUCCAAUUGAAUUGAUUCUAAAAUCCUUUGAUGUAAAUAUGUUUAAUAAUGUUGAAAAGCCUGAAGAGUUUACAGAAAUCAAAACCUUAUUCAAAUGCAAGUCAACUCUUCCAAUUGUCUCGAAAUUUUUGGAACAAGAUUGUGAUGACUUGAUGAAGACAUUGCUUAAAAACUUUCGAGUUAAGCAGUUUUUUCUGUAUUUUCAAGAGGAAAGUGUCUCAUCUGAAAUUUAUUAUGCACAAAUUCCUCAAGCACAGCAAACAAGAAUAUUGCAAGAUCAACUUGAAGAAAUUUAUGAUGACGUCAAUAAUGAUGACACGAUAGAUCAUUUAACAAAAGAUUUUUAUAUUAAGAAUGUCGUGCCACUCAAAAAUGGUGAUUUCUAUAUAGUUGCAGAAAUUCUAUUUCCGUUCAUUGAUCCAAAAACUUUAUCUGAUCGGAAGUCAAAAAAUUAUCAAAAACUUCUAAAAGAUUUUGCUGAGUAUUCUGAAAAGUUAUAUGCUGCAAAUCCUUUGGCUUUAAAUUCUAAUAUAAAAUGUAAGGUUGAUGAAAUAAUUGACAGUUUUGAGAAAAUUGGGAAUCAUUUCAUUGCCAUUCCAAAUGCUUUUAUUGUGAAUUUUUGUCUUCAAAUUAUUGGAUUUAAAAUUGAUCAUGAAAACGUCAAACUUUUGGAUGGAAAUGUUUUUGAUAAAAUAUUUGAGAACUUUAAAUCUGAAGAGCUUUUUAAAGCAUAUGAAAAGGAUGAAGAAUAUUUCGUGGAUCGGAAUGGAUUUAUUUUCGAUAAUUUCAUUGAAUCUAAUGAAAGAAAAGUUGGUUUUUUGAAUGGAGAUUAUGAAGAUUUUGUAGACGAUCAAGAGGAAGUGUUUGAAAAUCAACACAGCUCAUCGAACCGUAUUGACAUUAAGUUAUCAGAUGAAUCCAACAGUUCACAUCAACCAAUUGUAACCAAAAUUGUAAUUGAACCUUACAUAAGUCCGGAAUAUCAUCAAAAUCAUGUUAAACCUUCACCUAAGGACAAUAUAACUCAAAAUAAUAACGAACCAAUUAUUGAAAUUCAAGGAACAAAACUGAAGAUUACUAAUUUUUCCGACUCUUUUACUUGUGAAAAUUGCAAAAUCUUGAUUUAUGCUAAUUUGAGUAUGAAAGUCUUAGAAAUUAAUAAUGAAAGUAAUUCAAGAGAAGAAGAAGAAGAGGAAGAAGAAGACAUCGAUUAUAAAAAUUAUGAUUAUAGCUCACUUGAGAAGCUAAAUAACGACAUCAGUCUAGCACAUGAAAUUGACGAGUCCAAAGGUUUUAAACAUUCAAAUGAAAACAGUCAAAAAUUCAAUAAAGAUAAUAUUCAAGAUUUUCUCGAACAAAUUGGAUUUUCUGAUGAAAGUAUUGAAAGUAUUGAAAGCAUUGAAGAAGUAGACAUGAAUGAAACCAAAAAUAUUUUUAAGAUAUUUGAUCCAAAUGAUCCAAUGUGGAAGAACAUCAUCGAAACAUCAAAUAUUGAUAAUAAUGAAGAGCAAGCAGGUUCUAGGUACACAAAUGACCUGUCAACAGAAGACUAUUCCGAACAGUUUUCAGUUCAGUUUUCAUCUGAGCAUGACACAAUUGAAACAUAUUCAUCUAAAUUGAACCACCAAAGCUCAACAUCCGAUAAGAUUUCCUUAGUGGAAACACUUGAUUUAAACAAGAAUGAUGAGACAUUGCCGUCUACCGAUAAUUAUGUUAUGAUCAACAAUUCAAACUCAUUAAAGAGUCAAAUAAUGUUGACAGCAAUUUUUGCAUUUCUUGUGAAUAACUUUUAA